AUGUCGCACGACUACCUAACCUCCCAGCCCGAUCCAGAAUCCUUGCUUGCGCCGUCGAUUGACGAGGACGAGAGUGAGGAUGAGGAUGCGGAUGAUCUGGAUGUUACCGAUAACAUUGAAGCUGGAGGUGAGGAGGGAUCAGCGACGGGGGAGGAGCAAUCGGCAGAGGUGACGGAGAAUGGGGCGGAACUCAAGCCUACCUAUCGGACCUCUGUCCAGUAA